CGGUGCUUUCCUCCCCUCCCAUUGUCUAUACAGCACAUUGAGUUAAUGCAGAAUCCCAGCCCUGCUCUCUGCAGCCAGCUCUCCCUCCCUCCCUGUGUCUCUGCACCCCUCCGGAGUAUCGAUGUGAUUGUCUCCCCCCCCCCCCCCAUCUCUUUCCUUCCCUCCCCGGCCAGGGCUCUGCAGCUGUCUCUAUACUGGGGAAAGGUGGAAUCAGCAUCCAGCAUCACCGACAGCAGCAUCAGCACCACUCGCAGCAUCCUGAGUGUAUCAGGGAAGAAGAUGGAUCUCCCUUUAUCUGAUGCAUUCUUCCAGGUGGACCUCCUCCGAGAGCUCCUGCUCAACGGCAGCUUCAACGACAGCCUGUUCAACAGCACCGGUGACCGCUUCCUGCCGUUCGGUGUCCAGGUCACCAUAGUGGUGGUGUACCUCAUCGUCUGUGUGGUGGGGCUUGUGGGGAACUGUGCUGUCAUGUAUGUCAUCGUCAGAUACACCAAGAUGAAAACCGCCACCAACAUCUACAUCUUCAACCUUGCCCUGGCUGACGCGCUGGUCCUGAUGACCCUUCCAUUCCAGGGUACUGACAUCAUCAUGGGGAUCUGGCCCUUCGGCAAUGCCUUGUGUAAGAUCGCCAUCGCCAUCGAUUACUACAAUAUGUUCACCAGCACCUUCACCCUGACCAUGAUGAGUGUCGACCGCUACAUCGCCAUCUGCCACCCGGUGAAGGCGCUGGACAUCCGCACCCCGCACAAGGCCAAAGUGGUCAACGUCUGUAUCUGGAUCCUGGCCUCCUUCAUCGGUAUUCCCGUUAUGGUCAUGGGCUCGGCUGAGAUGGACAGUGAGGGUAUUGAGUGUAUGGUUCAGUUGCCUGAUCCUGAACAUUAUUGGGAACCAGUCUUCGGCACCUGUGUGUUCAUGUUUUCCUUUGUCAUUCCUGUCUUGAUUAUCACCAUCUGCUACAGCCUGAUGAUUAGACGCCUGAAGAAAGUUCGUGUUUUGUCCGGGUCAAGGGAGAAGGACCGAAACCUGAGAAGGAUCACCCGUCUGGUGUUGGUGGUCGUUGCCGUGUUUAUUAUCUGCUGGACCCCCGUCCAGAUCUUCGUGUUGGUGCAGAACCUUGGAGCCAAGCCUGACAGCGACGUCAAGGUAGCCAUCCUUCUCUUCUGCAUUGCCCUGGGCUACAUCAACAGCAGCCUUAAUCCAGUGCUCUAUGCCUUCUUAGAUGAGAACUUCAAGGCCUGCUUCAAAAAGUUCUGCUUCCCCGCCGCCUUCCGUCCCGAGCUACAGAUGUCCAACCGCAUGUGCAGCAUUGCCAAAGAUGUUGCCUAUGCCUGCAAAAACUCGGACGGUCCGAACAAUCCAGCAUGACUAGGCAUGGAACUGCCCAUGAUGGGCGGGGAUGAAGAGCAAGUAGGGACUAACCCGCAAGCAGAGCUGACGCAAAUAACAGCUUUGUGACCAAGAUGACAGGGGUGUCGGAACAGACACCUCCUUACAAUGCAGGAAUUUAUGCGCGUAAUGGAAAUUACUACUUAAUUCCAUUGGUUGUUUCAAAUGGAACCCACCAACUUCUUUAGAGCUAGAGAAAUUAAAAGGUUUCUUGCCAUCUCGGCUCAAGUUACUAAAGACCCAACAAGAGGCCCGCAUCUUCUUUGAAAGCUUCUUGUGCUCCUUGGCAAAGUGAAGAUUUCGUUCACUCACUACAAGUAUAUUGAAUUUGUACAGGAAUAAUACAAUUUUUAUACAGUCUUAAAGCUAUUUGCUCCAUAGGAGCAAAACUUAUAGUGGCUAAACUCUACAUACUGUCCCACCAAGAAAUUACAUGACUUGAGCAUAUCUGAGAGACACGUAUCUAUGUGUGCAUUGAUAUUUUUUAAACUAGUACACAUGGAGAGAUCUAAUUAUUUAAGACAGGAAAACAAUUAUUCAGGAUUUAUGACCAAAACCAUAUUAAUUACUUGCCAGUCCAGGGGCCUUUCUACGCUGAUGGGCAUUGCCGGCAAGUCUUUUCUGCUGCGGCCACAUGCACACAAGGGGCCAGUGACAGGUGGAACUUGUGAACCUUAACAGAAAAGUUGAAUGUGAAAUUGAUUAGUCAUGGCUAGUAUUAAAAGCCUCAAUCACGAACUCUGGUGCCACCCAAAACAGCCUUUUUAGAGAUGGAGCUCCCUCCUGCCGAUUUCACUUCAGCUACAUUGUGGUGAUGCCGUUCCAGUAAAAGUGUCGACCCACCUCAAAAGUUCAGAAGUAUGGGUAGUUCUAGUUUUAGUCCUCAAACUUUAUUUUUGGCUUCUGUUCCACAAAUUGAACUCACCUAAAAAGAUUCAAAAACUGUUCAAUAUUAUGAACCUCAAACUUUUUUUGGGGGGUUACUGUCCAACAAAUGUUAGAAGAAAACACAAAGGAUCACAGAAAGCCAAUCUGUAUUCCCAAGAAGCCUCUUUUUCUGUAGUAAUGAGUCCAAAAACUAUCAAACAGCUCUGUUCUGCCCAUUUUCUCGAUGAAUGGCCCUCGAUAGGUUCUGCCCAUUUUCGGCACGGCUGUUACUGAUAAGAAAAUACUUAUGCAGCCUUAUUUCUUUUCUCCCUGGCAUCACUCCUUUUUUAAAGCCUUCUGACCUUUACAAAAAGAGACCCUGUUAUGUAUAUACAGUGUAUAUAGACAUAUAUAUUAUAUAUUUAUAUAUAUAUAUUCACACGCACAUGUUAUUGAAGCCUCAAAAAAGAGAAAACAAAAUAAAGCCUUUCUUCACUGGGGAUAUGCUAAGCUUUGCUCCAGCAAGUGAGGAAUCAAACACAUUCAGCAGCCAAAGGCAAAUUGUGACUUUAAGGAAAAAGGGGGGGGGGGG